AUGGCUUCUCGGCUUUUUCAGGCCUAUAAUAGCGCUCUUACUCGUAGGCCACUAUUAACCCAGAGCAUCACUGCCGCUUCACUCUAUGCAGUUGGCGAUGUGAUCGCUCAAGGCGUUUCUGCGAGUGCUGACAUUGAGAAAUCAAAAUGGGACUCGGAGAGAACCCUGCGAAUGACGGCUAUUGGAGGGUUUGCGCUAGGUCCGACUAUGGCCGUAUGGUAUCGACUACUCCAAAGGAGAAUCCAACUGUCCACUCACACACGUAGCGUGCUUGCUCGAGUUCUGGCCGACCAAGCCAUCUUCGCCCCUGGGUCGAUUGUAGGACUAUACUACCUCACGGAGCUUCUUCAACCGUCCACAGGCACCAUUCGAGAUAGGUUAUCAGCUGCUCAGCAAAGUGUUGAGAGUUCUUUCACCCAGGUGCUGCUCAGAAACUACACUCUAUGGCCAGCGGUAUCCUAUCUAAACUUUUCCUACGUUCCUCUUCAGUAUCGACUACUUGUUUCCAACACCGUCGCCAUAUUUUGGAGCGCCUACCUAUCAUUUACAGUGAACCGGGUCGAGCCGGGUGAGGAGGGCUCCAAACAACGGUAA